CCCCCCCCCCCCGGAGCCGAACCGGGCCCGAAGCGGAGCCGAACGGAGCCGAACGGAGCCGAACGGGGCCGGGGGGGCCCCGACGGGCGCUGGAGCGCGAUGCUGCGGCCCGGCCCGCACCACCCGGGGCCCUGACGCCGGACGAUGCCCCUUUGCCCGCGGCCAUGGCGGCGCCGGUGCCCCCCGCUCCUUCCGCCGCCUCCGUGCCGGCGCUGCCGGUGCUGCUGCUGCUGCUGCUGCCCGCGCUGCCCGCGGCCCCCCCGGCGGCACCGACCUGCCCGGCCGCCUGCUCCUGCAGCAACCAGGCGAGCCGGGUGAUCUGCACGCGCCGGGAGCUGCUCGAGGUGCCCGGCAGCAUCUCGGUCAACACGCGGUACCUGAACCUGCAGGAGAACCACAUCCAGGUCAUCCGCACCGACACCUUCAAGCACCUGCGGCACCUGGAGAUCCUGCAGCUGAGCCGCAACCUGGUGCGCAAGGUGGAGGUGGGAGCCUUCAACGGGCUCCCCAACCUCAACACCCUGGAGCUGUUCGACAACCGCCUGACCACGGUGCCCACGCAGGCCUUCGAGUACCUGUCCAAGCUGCGGGAGCUGUGGCUGCGCAACAACCCCAUCGAGAGCAUCCCCUCGUACGCCUUCAACCGCGUCCCCUCCUUGCGCCGCCUGGACCUGGGCGAGCUCAAGCGCCUCGAGUACAUCUCGGAGGCUGCCUUCGAGGGCCUGGUCAACCUCCGCUACCUGAACCUGGGCAUGUGCAACCUCAAGGACAUCCCCAACCUCACGGCCCUGGUGCGCCUGGAGGAGCUCGAGCUCUCCGGCAACCGCCUGGGCCGCGUGCGCCCGGGCUCCUUCCAGGGCCUGGGCAGCCUGCGCAAGCUGUGGCUGAUGCACGCGCGCGUGGCGGCCGUGGAGCGCAACGCCUUCGACGACCUGAAGGCGCUGGAGGAGCUGAACCUGGCGCACAACGAGCUGGCGUCGCUGCCCCACGACCUGUUCGCGCCGCUGCACCGCUUGGAGCGGGUGCACCUGCACCACAACCCCUGGCGCUGCGACUGUGACGUGCUGUGGCUCAGCUGGUGGCUGCGGGAGACGGUGCCCAGCAACACCAGCUGCUGCGCGCGGUGCCACGCGCCGCCGGCGCUGCGCGGCCGCUACCUGGGCGAGCUGGAGCCGGGGCACUUCACCUGCUACGCGCCGGUCAUCGUGGAGCCGCCGGCGGACCUCAACGUCACCGAGGGGAUGGCGGCGGAGCUCAAGUGCCGCACGGGCACCGCCAUGACCUCGGUCAAUUGGCUCACCCCUAACGGGACGCUGAUGACGCACGGCUCGUACCGCGUGCGCAUCUCGGUGCUGCACGACGGCACGCUCAACUUCACCAACGUCACCGUGCAGGACACGGGCCAGUACACCUGCAUGGUGACCAACGCCGCCGGCAACACCACGGCCACCGCCACGCUCAACGUCUCUGCCGUCGAUGCCGCCGCUGCGGCCGCGGCCGCCGCGGCCGCCACCGGUUACACCUACUUCACCACGGUCACCGUGGAAACCACCGAUGCCGGCGGCGAGGAGCCGGCACCGCAGACGCCGCCGGUGCCCACGGCCGGAUGGGAAGCGCCCGGGGGAGGCUCCACGGCGGCUUCAGCCACACGCGCCACCGGGAAGCCCUUCACGGUGCCCAUCACCGCGGUGGCGGCAGCCGGCGGCACCGGCGCCGGUGGCGGCCUCCAAGACCUGGAUGACGUCUUGAAGACCACCAAGAUCAUCAUCGGCUGCUUCGUGGCCAUCACCUUCAUGGCGGCCGUGAUGCUGGUGGCCUUCUACAAGCUCCGCAAGCAGCACCAGCGCCACAAGCACCGCGGCGGCCCCGCGCGCGCCGUCGAGAUCGUCAACGUGGAGGACGAGCUCGGGGGGGGCUCCGGCGGCGGCGGCGGUGGCGGUGUCGGCACCGGUGGCGGUACCGGUGGCGGUGGCGGCGGUGGCGGCGUUGGGGACAACCGCUUGGCGUUGCCGGCGUUGGAACGCGACCACCUGGAGCGUUACGCGGCCUUCGCCGCCCAUUACGGCAACGCCGGCGGCAAGAACCCGCUGCUCAACUCGGUGCACGAACCGCUGCUCUUCAAGAGCCCGUCCAAGGAGAACGUGCAGGAGACGCAGAUCUGAAGG